CCACACAUAUACACAGCACAAUUUUUGGCUUACUCCACCCGACACCCGACACCACCACCCUCUCGGGAAAGUCACCACCAUUCGGAAUUUGAAUUUGAAUUUGAAUUUGAAACUUGAACUUAUACAUAUUGGCAUGCUGUACACUCUUUUGUGGCACUUAAUUCUUGAUCCAUUUUUGGUGUAAAUAAUCGUACUCGUUCCCUGCUACUUUUUCCAAGUUAAUUUCCUACUUUGCUCACUUUGGGACUGCAGUAAUACUCACUCGUCAUGGUUCAAUAAUUUAGUAAGCAAACGGACAUGAACAGUCCGUACUGUGAAUAACAAUCUACCAGCGUGGGCCAGUAGACGAAUUCACAUUGCAACAGUAAACCCAAAUGCCAGAGGCGCUGUUACUGCUCGGCAUGGCUGACGCAGAGCCGGACCUAUCGACGUUCGAGAACAAAACGGGACUGGCCGAGGACAUGAAGUUCCUCGCCUCCAUGCCGGAGCUGUGUGAUGUAACCUUCCUGGUGGGCGACACCCGAGAGCCCGUCUGUGCUGUAAAGGCUGUGCUGGCCUCCCGUUCCCGAGUGUUUGCGAAAAUGCUUUAUGCGGCGCCAUCGCCGCAGCGUAAGCGGGAGACAUCCACGAAGGAGAACAAGCUGCGCCUCUUCCUCAAGCGUUCCUCGGAGCCGCUGUUGAAUCUACAGAAUGCCGCACAACAGAGAACCGGUUUCACCCAACAAUUAGCUCCGAUAACCGAGCCCACAGGUCAGCAGCAUCAGACGCUGAUCAUUGAGGAGUUCGAGCCCGACGUCUUCCGCCAGCUCAUCGAGUACAUCCACACGGGCUGUGUCACGCUGCAGCCGCGCACUCUGCUGGGUGUAAUGAAUGCCGCCGAUUACUAUGGCCUGGAGGAGCUGCGUCGCGCCUGCGCAGGCUUCGUGCAGUGUUGCAUCAAUGUGGACACCGUUUGUGCGCUGCUGGCCUCCGCGGAGCGCUACAUUCAGUACAAAUGCACCAAGACGCUGGUGCAGAAGGUGCUCGAGUUCGUGGACGAGCACGGGACAGAGGUGCUCAACCUGGGCAGCUUCACGCUGCUGCCGCAGCACGUCGUGCGCCUCAUCCUCGCCAGGGAGGAGCUGCGUGCGGACGAGUUCACCAAGUUCCAGGCGGCGCUGAUGUGGAGCAAAAAGUAUUACGACAACAAUCCAAACAUUGACAUCAAGGAGAUUCUGGGCACAUUCCUGGAGUACAUACAGUUCCACAAGAUACCCGCGAAUGUGCUGAUGCGAGAGAUCCAUCCGCUGAGCCUGGUGCCCUACGCGAUCAUCAUGAAUGCCUUGGCCUACCAGGCAGACCCAGAAAGCAUCGACCCCGGAAAGCUGUCUCCCAACUCUAGCCGACCCCACCAGCACCGCCACCGCCACCACCACCAGUCCCUGCCGAAGAUCCGCAAGGCCAAGUCGCAGUCCUUCCGCUCGCGACGCAGCCCCUCCGAACGGCGCAGCCCCAACCUCACCCUCAACACCACCGCGGCGGGGGCCAGCAGCGACAAGAAGCGCAGUCCGCUGACGCCCAAGAGUCCGGUGCCCACAGAGCCGGAGUCCAAGAGCCCGGGCAGCGGCUCCCAAAAGACGCCCACCACGCUCUCCCGCCAGGGCACUCUGCGGGCCUCCAGCCGGCGCAAGAACAGCGGACAACUGUCCAUCUCCCUGGGCACCCAGGGUCGUCGCAGUCCCGUGGGCACCAGCGAUCGCAGCCCCCAGGGCCGGCGCAGUCCGCUCUUCCCCGGCAGCAGCAGCGGCCUGCGAUCGCCCAACGACCAGCCCAGUCCCACUGCCAGGAGCCCAACGGGAGAGCCUCGCCGGAGCAGUCCCACCUUCAGUGUGCACACGCAGGAGCGUCGCUCGCCGCUGGGCGCCAAUGCGCCCACGGACUUCGGCUGCCAGACGGGCUUCCCCGGCUCCUCCCGGAGAAGUCCCACGUCGACUGUCCACGUGCAGGACAUGGCCACGGAGCCGGAGGAGGCGGGCUUUGUGGGCAUGAAGCGACCCUCGAUCGGCCUCUUCACACCGAUCUACUUUGCCAGCGAGAAGCGCUCCCCCAUGGGCAUGGGCAUGGGCAUGGGCAUGGGCAUGGGACUCAUUCCACCUAUCCAUGUCUCCAAUCCGGCCGAGACCUACAAGAGUGCGGAGCGGGAGCGAGAGGCGGCGGAGGCAGCUGCCCGAGAGCUGGAGCGGGAGCACGAGCGGGAGAAGGAGGCGGCGCAGGCGCAGGCACAGCCGCAGGAGAAGAAGAGUGUCAUGCGGGAGAUCCUGGCGUUUGUGCGAAAGCCCUCCAAGGUGAUGACAACGCGAACGAAUCGCUUCGCCAACGCCUUCACGCGGGCAGAGUCGGGCUCCUCCAGCGGCCCACUGAUCCGUCAGAGCACCUUCUCGGCCAGCCCGGCUCCCUCGUCCACCGCCUCGAAGAGCGCCGUGCAGAAGCAAAUGUCGGAGGUGGGAUUCGAGCCGAAGAUGUCCCUCAAGUUUGCCCACUACACCAAGAUGAGCUUGAAGCUGCGGCGAUCCGCCAAGCGGGACGAGGAGGAGAAGCAGAAGCAACAACAGCAGCAGCAGCAGCAGCAGCAGACGGGGAGCUCGGCAUCGGGCUCCAAGCGGCCCAGCGCGGACUCCAAUGCGGGGAUCAUAGAGCAGGUAGGUGGCUCAGGAGGCUCGGCCUCUGCUUCAGCAUCGGCCUCGGGCGAGGAGCUGCCCUUCGAGCUGGCCAAUGUCCACUUCGAGAAGGUAGGUGAGUCCUAUAUCAAGCAUGAGCGACUCCGGGAGCUAGUCGAGCCGGAUCAGGAGACAGACACGAAAGGCGGAGCCUCAGUCGAAGCCUUGGCGGAUGGUGAGCCAGAGCCAGAGCCAGAGCCAGAGCAGACGGAUGCCGCCAUGGCACAGUUCGUGGAGGAGGUGACCAACUCCCUCAAGGUGGUGGCCCUCAAUGGAGAGGGAGGCGCCGCUGUGGUGCAUCACUUUACGCGCCGCUCGGAGAGUCGGGAGCCCAUCGAGCCGCGAAUCAGCGAGGAGCACGAGUCGGACUCCAACGAUCUGAUUAUCCCGGAGGAGCUGCGGGCCGAGCUAGUAGAGAUCUUGAAGGCCUAUGCGCCAGAACCAGUUUAUGUUAAUCUGCAGGCGCUGCGGCGCGAAACGGAUGAGGCGGAGGCCGCCGCCCAGGCUGUGGCAGAGGCGGCAGCGGCGGUUGCAGCUGCAGCUGCAACGGCAGCGGCGGCAGCCUCGGCCCCGCCCGUCAAGCAGCCGCUGCAGUGUCCUACUAUUGAGUUUGAGCCGCCGUCGCGUCGAUCCUCCUUCGAUCCGCCACGCUCGCCCUUCCUCGAGCAGCUGCGCAGCCCCGGGGGGGACACGGACACGGAUCUGAUCAAUCUGCAGCGUCUGGACUCGGGCGGCGACAGCUUCGAGAUGGUCGAGGGUGACCGCAAGUCGAGCCGCGCCGAGUCCAGCUUCGACUGCCCGUACUCCUCGCGGGACACCAGCUUCGAUGUGUCCAUCUCGCGUUACCAGUCCACCAGCUACGAGGAUCAGACCUCCAGCUUCGAGAUCGUGGACACGGACGAGCGCCACCGACGGCCCGUGGAUCUGCGCAAGAGCUCCAUCGAGCUGGUCGAUGCGGAGACAUUCCAGCGGUCGGGCUCCUCCUGCGGCAGGAAGUCCUCGCUGGAGACGCACUUCGACUACACGCCCUCGGAGACGAGCGGCGUCACGCCCGCCCGCUCGCCCAACUUCCCGCUGAUGACCAAGAAGCAGAAGGCCGAGACCUUCCGCCAGCUGCACAUCUCACCCUUCAGUGCCUUCUCGCGGGCACGCAGUCCGCUCUCGCAGCAGACGUCCUCGAACUACAGCUCGCGGGACAGCUACGACUCGAGCUCCUCGUACCAGGGACCCAGCCACGGACCCAGCCACGGCCAUGGCCACGGCCCGUAUGCCGAUCCCAGCCGCAAGCACUUCCCCCUGACCAUCAAGCGGGAGCGCGACCAGCGCGAGGAGGAGGUGAAGACGUUCCUCUGCACCGACCAGCGCUGUGCAUCCAUCUUCGAGCCGCGUCCCAGCUCCGUGCUCACCCAGCAGCUGUCCACGGGCUCCAUGUCCACCCCCUCGGGCUACACGAACGGCACGCCGCGCAUUCCCAGCAGCAACGUGCCGGGCGCCGUGCCCUCCGCCGCUGCCUUGCCCCCGGGGCAGCUCCACAGCUGCGGCUUCUCCAGCGGCAGCGAGUUCGAGCCACCAUCUCCGAGGCGAGCGGCCAGUGCCUCGCCCAAGCACACCUUCACGUUCCGCAUCGUGAUGAAGAAGGUGGACAGCUCGCCGGAGGCCCUGUGCCCGGAGAGGCAUCGAUCCCGCAUCAUAGAUCGCUACCGACGGCGCGACAGUCGCCGCAAGCGCAUCCAUGAGGCGGGCAAGAGCUUUUAGGCGGGAAGGAGGCCCGGGCCCCCUUAGAUAGGAUAUUGGAAUCAUUUACUGUGAACCUCAUGAGAAUUCAUUGCGGCAAUCUCUAUAUGUAUCUUCUUGGAUAUGUUUUUGACAAUCUCAAUGUUUAAUCUCAAGCUCAUCGCAAGAGUGUUGUCUGUAGGCUUAAGUGAGAAUUCAAACUCAAGGCGUUCAAUAAUCAAACUUUAUAAAAUGGUUCUGGUUUUAGGCCGUUUCGAAAAGCUCUACCCCAAGCCGGGCACUAUUCGGCCAACCCGAAGUACCAGUUUGUACAAUCUGUGUACCUCCUCCUCCUCGAUUAUAGAAGGGAAACACUGCUGAUCAGUCGGACCGGAGGUUCGAUCCAGUCGAGACAUAGUUGAUUAGAAAUUGUUAUUCUAAACGAUCUACAAAUGUAUGUGAAACAAUAAUUCCUCCCACGAUUUACCUGAUUACUAUUUAAAACAAUAGAUCAACAAACAUUUAUUAUAUAGAGUAUUACGAUAAUAUAUGUAUUGGGACUUGGAUGGAGCUCCAAACUUUGAUGUUGUAAUUAUUGUGGAAACAUACGUUAAGUAUUUGUGCAUUUUUACGUGGUUCCUGUUGUAUAUGCGUAUAGCUAUAGGAUAUAUACAAGAAACACUCCAUCUGGAGGUGGCAAAACAUAAUACAAAUAUUUAAAAAUAAAUAUAAAUGUAAGCCCCAUGCAGAUUGUAUUCGUAAGAUCUAAAUGUAACCGAACUGCGCGGCUAUUGCAAGUGGGGAGACAUGUAAAUGUCCUUAUUGUUUACAUAGUUUGUUCUUAAGAAAGAGAUCACACAUAUUGUACGUACAAACGUGUGUACUUGAAGCUGGAUUUGGGGCCGUACUUAAAUCUUAAAGACAAAAACUCGCGCAUUAUCAAAUGAAUAUUUAAUGUUAAACUUUGAGCGACAUUUUUGGACUCUGUGUUUGUUGGUUAAGCGAAAUCCCACAGAGCAAAUCCUACACUUAAGCAAUCCAAGUAUCAUUAUUUACAAGAUAUUUAUUAUGCAUAAGAUAUCAGCAUUUUACAGGUAAUUCGCAUUACGCAUUAUGAGCAUUUACUUCUAACCACAACAUACACGAACAUGUACCAGAAUAUGUACUCGAACUCGUACUCGUAUAUGGUAUGUGACCGGCACUCGAGACUCGUAACCAACCAGAAUUGAAUGCCUGUAGAAUCGUUGCUGUUUUGAUUUGUAGUUGCUUGCUUUCGAAACUAAAACUAAAACUAAAACUAAAACUAAAACUAAAUUCGGUAGCAGCACGCUUGAACAGUUUGUAGUGCUAACUGAGUCCAGAGUCCAGAGUCCAGAGCAGCCAACUACAUUUUCAUAAUGCGACCUUCUUCUAUUUGCAGCAUGAUGGUUUUUUGCAGAGUGUCGGCUGCCGAUCAAUCGGAGGAGGACUACGAGCUUACGCAUUUGUUCUAUCCGCUUAGAAGGAUAUAGAAAGACAGAGCCCUUGAGGAUGGAUAGAUGUUGUCGUUCAUUUGUUAGACUAACUCCAGUUCCAGUGUUUGAAUGUACUUUUACUUGUACCCUUUUGUAUUUGUAACCGUUCUUGUUAUCGAUCUUGCGAUCCAUCACACAUACACACAUACACACAUACACACAUACUAUAUACACACACAUAUACCAUACAUUAUAUGCGUUCGUUUUUAUUGUAAUUUGAGACAAAAUAAAGGCAAUAUUUCUGUC